UGUUAAGUAUCUCAAGGCCACGCUGGGGUGAUAGAAGAUAAAAACUCAGGUUCCCCGGCCCCGACCAACAGUACCUUGUGUAGCAUCCUCAUCUCCACAGUGUUGUGUCCUCCUUCAAGAAGAAAUACGUGAAGAAGUGCCAUCUUUGUUCUUUUGGGACCCAUCCUGACCUCACUGGUUAUCCGCCAUGUCUUUUGCAUUUAUUAGCUCGGUGAUGCUUCUCGGUUCUUCUGUGGUGGUUGCGUUCGUCUUGCAUCCAUCCAACGAGGAGCCUGCAGCCUCUGCUAAUUCCCCGUUUUCCCAUCAAAGGUGCCAGGAUCAGUCACUGCAGUCUAUCAGGAAGAAUCUCCUGAGGGCUCUCAACAUGCAGACCGAGCCACAGCUGCCUGCUGGUGUGAUAGACGGUGUCCGUGAGCAAUGGCUGAGAACAUUCAACAUCGUUCCACAAAUUGUUAAGAAGACUGCAACCACCGCUGAUUACUCUGUGUUACAUGACGGUGGAAACAGUACAGGCCUAAAGUGUUGCGCUGCAGCCUCUGAGAUCUCCAUGAAAGAUCUGGGCUGGGACAGCUGGGUGAUUUAUCCUUUGAGCCUGACCGUGGUUCAGUGCGCUCUGUGCAACCCUGCAGAUGGCACCGUGCAAUGUCCCGAAUCCUCCUCCAGGGUGCAGGAUGCCAGCUCACAGGACAAUUUGCCAUGUUGCCAGCCCGCCACACAGGAAACACAGAACCUGGCCUACAUGGAUGAAACCAGCACCAUCGUCCUCUCUUCAGUGGAACUGACCCGCAGCUGCGGCUGUGGACCAGGGAAUGCCCAGCAGCCCGGCUCAGACUAGGCUGGGGUCCGUCCCACAGUCUCUGGCAUAAGAUCCGAGCCACCUGGCAUAACUAAAAUAUCUUUGUACCCAGGCCUGUAGAGCUCUCUGUUUCUCUAUCACCAAUUGUUAUUCCGUGUGCUCAGCUCUGAUCGUGGGAACCAAAGCAACCUCUCAAGUUUUGAAUUCCUGCUGCUCCAUCGUACCACAAACAGAUUUGUUGAGCCUGCAAGUCGUGAAAAUUGAUCUCUCCUUCUGCACACUAUGCAAAUGUGUUGCUUAAAAUAGAAAUCAGUAUCCCAGAGAUCUGCAAUCUUUUAAAAAAAAUCUUAGAUUAUUGAACAUAAAUAGCUGGAAAAGAACUUAGUUUCAGAGGACAUCUAUGUGGUUAAUGCUCUUGAGUACAGAUCAUUUAUAUGGAGCUGCUAAAAGUUACUCAGUGUUCUUUUUAAAAAUGUGAGAGCGAGCCAUGCCAAAUACUAGACAGGCCAGUUUUUUUUU